AUGCCAGAUUACGGAGCCUCCGGGGCGACAGUUCUUACCGGACCUACCUCCCGCCUCCAAAAACAAAGUGUACAUAGACGUGCCUUGAGAGGAAAAUGGAAGUUUUGCCAACGCUCAAACCUCAAAAUGCUUCAACUCGCACAACUUGCCUUCAUCGAUCCAUCUCUUGCUGCUGAAGUCAACCGAAUGCCUGAGGACAGCCGAACACUGCACCUACGAAGUACAUUGAAUUAUUCAUCAAUCACCCCUCCCGACCAACCUAUGUAUGACAUAACGGUUGAUGUCCGUGGUCGCAGGUUACCAAGUGAGGGUGGCUGGCUGAGUUUUCACGGGAAGCUCGGAGUCAAGGCCGGUGAGGAUGUGCUGUUUAUCACUGUUGAUUCCCAGGGGUGGGAUUUUCCUUCUCACACUGGUACCCAAGCGGCCUGGGGAGAUGGAUCUCUGCAGUGGUGA